AAGCAGAAAGAACGAAAAGUCAACAACCAAGCAGAAAGAACGAAACAGAGCAAAGAAUGAAAGACAGGGUCUUCGUCUAUGUCUGACAUUGCCUUGGCGUUUGGUCGAUUUCAUGCAUUAUCGCAAAAUCUCUGCUCAUUUUCCAGGAAGAGAGAGCAAAGAAGCUGUUCUUCAGUGAACUUUCAUGGCAUUUACUGGCUAAAUAGGCAUUUUAUGAAACCUGAUCUGGAUCGAAACGUCUGGAUGGUUGGCUUGCACCGUGUUUUUGACCUCAUGGGAAUAGAGGGUUUUGAUUCUUAGCUUUUGUAGGAGUAAUACAUGAUGGCAUUAGAUAUGGUUACUAGUGUCUCUUCUGUUCCAGCUGCUGAGUGCCUUUCGCAAAUCGUGGAGGGCAUGAAGGAGGUUGUAUCUGCUGCCAACAAUGUGCUCAUUAAGAAGGACAGUUUUAAGGAACUUUCUGUUUACUUGGAAAGGAUUGCACCAGUAAUAAAAGAGCUGAAUAAGAAAGACAUUGGUUGUUCUGGGAGCAUAAACAAUGCCAUUGGGAUCCUCAAUCAGGAAAUCAAAGCUGCAAAGCAGCUGACUGCUGAUUGCACCAAAAGAAACAAAGUGUAUCUCCUAAUGAAUUGCCGGACAAUAACUAAGAGCCUACAGGACAUCACAAGAGAGAUAAGCCGGGCCCUAGGUCUUCUUCCUUUGGCCAAUCUGGAUCUUUCAACUGGUCUAAUCGAAGAGAUUGAAAAGCUUCAUGAUAGUAUGCAGAGAGCUGAGUUCAAGGCUGCUAUAGCAGAAGAAGAGAUUUUGGCUAAAAUUGAGUCUGGAAUACAGGAGAGGAAUGUUGAUCGUUCUUAUGCCAACAAGAUACUGGCUCACAUAGCUGAGGCUGUUGGGAUCUCAACAGAGAGGUCUGCUUUGAAGAAAGAGUUUGAAGAAUUCAAGAGUGAGAUUGAAAAUGCGCGGCUUAGGAAGGACCAGGCUGAAGCUAUACAAAUGGAUCAGAUAAUUGCUUUGCUAGAAAGGGCAGACGCUGCUUCUUCUUCUAAGGAGAAAGAGAUAAAGUAUUCCACCAAACGGAAGUCUUUGGGCAGUCAGUCAUUGGAACCUCUUCAGUCCUUUUAUUGCCCAAUUACUCGGGAUGUUAUGGUGGACCCUGUGGAGACCUCUUCAGGACAGACAUUUGAGAGAAGUGCAAUAGAAAAAUGGCUAGCAGAUGGGCAUGAAAUGUGUCCUUUGACCAUGACCCGCCUAGACACGUCAAUUUUAAGGCCUAACAAAACCCUGAGGGAAUCAAUAGAAGAAUGGAAGGAUAGAAACACCAUGAUUACAAUUGCUUCCAUGAAAUCAAAACUUGUGUAUCAAGAAGAAGAAGAAGAAGAAGUGCUUCGUUGUCUGGAACAGUUAGAGGAUCUCUGUGAACAAAGAGAACAGCAUCGGGAAUGGGUGAUCUUGGAGAAUUAUAUACCACUUUUUAUCCAGCUUCUUGGAGCAAAAAAUCGUGAUAUAAGAAAUCGUGCUCUUGUUGUCCUUUUGAUUCUGGCAAAGGACAGUGAUCAUGCCAAGGAAAGAGUUGCAGAUGUUGAUAAUGCAAUCGAAUCCAUUGUUCGAUCACUUGGACGCCGUAUUGGGGAAAGGAAGUUAGCCGUGGCAUUAUUGUUGGAGUUGUCAAAGUGUAACUUGGUAAGGGAUUGCAUUGGAAAGGUUCAGGGUUGUAUUCUCCUCUUAGUGACCAUGGCAAGCAGUGAUGACAGUCAAGCUGCCACAGAUGCCCAAGAGCUAUUGGAGAAUCUUUCGUUCUCUGAUCAGAACAUCAUACAAAUGACUAAAGCAAAUUAUUUCAGACAUUUUCUACAGCGUAUAUCCACAGAAUCUGUCACAUUAUGGAGUCAAACUGUGCCUAAUUAUGCUGUCGCUUGCAUGGAACCCCAAAAUCCUUACGUGUUUUGUGUGUCAAAUUGUACAAUUCCAGGAUCAGAAGAAGUGAAAACGAUGAUGGCAUCAACUUUGGCAGAAUUGGAGUUGACUGACCACAACAAAGCAUCUUUGUUUGAAGGAGGUGCUCUGGGUCCACUUCUUCACUUGGUAUCAUGCGGUGAUGUUCAGGUGAAAAAAGUGGCAGUCAAAGCUCUUCAGAACCUAUCAAGCUUACCUGCAAAUGGCCUGCAGAUGAUUAAAGAAGGUGCAGUGCAGCCAUUACUUGGCCUUCUCUUUCAGCACAACUCUUCAUCCUCAAGUUUAUGUGAGCUGGCGGCUGCCACAAUUAUGCACCUCGCUCUAUCAACAGUGUCUCAAGAAUCCAGCCCAACACCGAUUUCAUUGUUGGAAUCUGAUAAUGAUACUUUCAGGCUCUUUUAUUUGAUAAACUUGACGGGGUCUAAUGUGCAACAAAACAUUCUUCGAGCUUUCCAUGCCUUGUGCCAGUCCCCAUCAGCAUUAAAUAUCAAGACCAAGUUGACAGAGUGUUCAGCCAUGCAAGUAUUGGUCCAGUUAUGUGAGCACGACGACAACCCUAAUGUAAGAGUAAAUGCUGUGAAGCUGUUAUAUUGUUUGGUAGAAGAUGGUGAUGAAGGCACCAUCUUAGAGCAUGUGGGUCAGAAAUGCCUCGAGACCUUGCUCCGGAUUAUCCAAUCUUCUAAUCUUGAAGAAGAGAUUGCUUCUGCAAUGGGCAUUAUCUCAAACCUCCCAGAAAAGCCCCAGAUCACUCAGUGGCUUCUGGAUGCCGGGGCACUUCCUGUAAUCUCCAGAAUUCUCCCUGAUAGCAAGCAGAAUGAUCCCCAUAAAAAUGACUUAGUCGAAAAUGCUGCUGGAGCCAUGUGUCGUUUUACUGUUCCAACAAAUCCAGAAUGGCAAAAGAAAGCUGCAGAAGCUGGGAUAAUUCCUGUGCUAGUGCAGCUGCUAGACUUCGGAACCACCAUGACAAAGAAAUGUGCUGCAAUUUCUCUGGCUCGUUUCUCUGAGAGCUCACUUGAGCUUAGCCGGUCAAUACCCAAGCGCAAGGGAUUCUGGUGCUUCUCUGUUCCACCAGAAACUGGCUGCCUGAUUCAUGGGGGAAUCUGUGCUGUUGAAUCAUCAUUUUGCCUUGUGGAAGCUGGUGCAGUCGAACCCCUUGUGAGGGUUCUUCGAGAUCCAGAUCCUGCAACGUGUGAGGCUUCUUUAGACGCCCUAUUGACUCUAAUUGAAGGUGUUAAACUUCAAAAUGGUGGUAAGGUGCUCGCACAAGCAAAUGCCAUACAACCAAUUGUUGGAUUUCUUAGUUCUUCCUCCCCCAUACUGCAGGAAAAGGCCCUAAACACUUUAGAAAGGAUCUUUCGGCUGCCCGAGUUAAAACAGAAGUAUGGGCCUUCUGCUCAAAUGCCUUUGGUUGACCUGACACAGCGGGGUAACAGCAGCAUGAAGUCUCUUUCAGCCAGAAUACUUGCUCAUUUGAAUGUACUUCAUGAUCAGUCCUCUUACUUCUAAAGAAAUUCAAUGUUUAUUCCCUUGAAAUCAUACAGAACUGCUCCAGGUUUGACAAGUAAUUACUAGAAAUGCAUCCCAUCUUGAUUCUUUGGCAGCGCCAUGGUGAGUGAACAGUUGCAAGAAGCCCCAGUAUCGCCAGGUGUAAGACUUCUCAUUUACAAUGCUGGAUAGAGUGUGAUUCAUCCAAGAAACGGUUGAAU